AUUCGAUAUCGAGACAAUUGGACUCGACUCGUAAAAUAGAAUCCGGGGGCUGAUUGACCGGAUCACCCAGUUAAUGAACUUUGUCUUUUUUCAAUCAUGUUUAAUAAAGAAAGAGAAACGACAAACAGCUGGGAUCGGGCUAAUCGUGUUAGCGUUUCCGAAAAGGCGUACCAUGACUAGGUAUUUUUCUCUUUUACAUGUUGGUAGAAAGAGAGGCAAAUACACGUUGCUGUCAUCAAAAUGAUUAUAUCCACUGCCCGUCUCUGUACUCACAUAACCUACAAAUAUAAAAAAUAACCGGCUACCUCACUUUCACUUCCCAAUUACAAAAGUUUAAUAAAAAAAUAACAAUAAACAAAAACAAAACGAAAAAUACCGAAGUGUGUUGGCUUUCCUUAAUGACGGUCAUAUUAUGAGUGUCAUUUUUGUGAUGUGAUGCGUGCUGUCACCUAUGGGUGUCCCAAGUCAUUACCAUACAUUUGCCAAUGUUUUUUUUGUUGCAAAUUUAUUUAUGUAUUUGCACACACAUGCAAGAUUUUUAAUUUUCAGUAUCACGUUUUAAUUUGAUGGUCGAAUCUUUGGCGACACACACAUAAUGGGAGGCAAACAUUCAUCAAUUGAUCCAAAGGAUAUUGAUGUUCCAAAACUAGAAGACUUUUUGAACAGGGAUUCUUAUUUACGACCAUAUGAAAACGAAAUUCGACGCCGUUAUGGAGUGUACCUGGAUUACCUGGAGGCGAUAAAGGACAUUGGUGGAGGAAUAGAUCAUUUUACACAGGGCUAUAAAACUCACGGCCUUAUUGUUAACCCUGAUAAUUCUAUUACCUGCUUGGAAUGGGCUCCUGGAGCAAAAGGACUAUUUUUAACAGGAGCAUUUAACAAUUGGGAUCGUUCGAGUCAUCCCUAUAAACAAUUGGAAUAUGGAAAAUGGAAACUGAUUUUACCUGCCAGACAUGGAAAACCCGCUAUUGAUCAUUUAUCUGAACUGAAAAUUGUUGUUCUAACUGAAAAUGGCAACAAAGAAGAUAGGCUCUCCCCUUGGGCUCCAUACGUGGUAGAACCACCCAAAUCAGAAGGUACAAUUUAUAAACAACUCUUCUAUAAUCCUCCUGAAAAAGAACGAUAUGUUUUCAAAAAUCAAAGACCACCAAGGCCGAAAAGUCUUCGCAUCUAUGAAUGCCAUGUCGGCAUAGCUACUCAGGAACUCACAGUUGGUAGCUAUGACAAUUUCACAGAUAAUGUACUACCCCGCAUUGUCAAACAGGGAUAUAAUACUAUUCAGUUAAUGGCCAUCAUGGAACAUGCUUACUAUGCCAGUUUUGGUUAUCAAGUGACCAGUUUCUUUGCUGCUUCCAGCAGAUUUGGCACUCCUGAAGCACUAAAACGUCUAAUAGAUACAGCUCAUGGAUUGGGCCUUACCGUUUUAUUGGAUUUAGUUCAUUCUCACGCAUCUAAAAACGUCAUGGAUGGGUUGAAUAUGUUUGAUGGCACGGAUUCUUGUUAUUUCCAUUCCCUUCCUAAAGGCGAACAUCCACUCUGGGAUUCUAGGCUAUUUAAUUAUUCUCAGUUUGAGGUAUUGAAAUUCUUGCUCUCCAACAUCAGGUGGUGGCUAGAUGAGUAUAAAUUUGACGGUUUCCGAUUCGAUGGAGUCACAUCCAUGUUAUAUCAUUCCAGAGGUAUUGGCCAAGGAUUUAGUGGACAUUAUGACGAAUAUUUUGGCAUGGGUGUUGAUACAGAUGGUAUAGUUUAUUUGAUGCUUGCAAAUCACACUGUGCACACACUGCAUCCAGAUAACAUCACCAUUGCAGAAGACGUAUCUGGUAUGCCCGGUGUUUGUCGUCCAGUUGAAGAAGGAUGUAUGGGAUUCGAUUAUCGUUUAUCUAUGGCGAUCCCUGAUAAUUGGAUUAAGCUUCUCAAGGAAGUUAGGGAUGAAGACUGGAAAAUGGGUGAUAUUGUCCACAUCCUCACAAACCGCCGAUGGAUGGAAUCAAAUGUCGCAUACGCCGAAUCUCACGAUCAAGCUCUUGUUGGAGACAAAACCCUUGCCUUUUGGCUAAUGGACAAAGAAAUGUAUACUCAUAUGAGUACACUAUCAGAGCCGUCAGCUAUUAUCGAUAGAGGUCUAGCUUUGCACAAAAUGAUUCGGUUCCUGACUCACGCUCUAGGAGGUGAAGCUUGGUUGAAUUUUAUAGGAAACGAAUUUGGCCAUCCCGAGUGGCUAGAUUUUCCACGAGAAGGUAACAAUAGCUCUUAUCAUUAUGCUAGAAGACAAUGGAAUUUAGUUGAUGAUGAUUCGCUCAGAUACAAGUUUCUCAAUAAUUGGGAUCGAGCUAUGAAUGAAGGUGAAGAGAAAUAUGGUUGGUUAUCAGCUGGGGCCGGCUACGUGAGCACAAAACAUGAAGAUGACAAAGUUAUUGUUUUUGAAAGAGCCGGCUGCAUCUUUGCAUUUAAUUUUCAUCCAACCAAGAGCUUUGCAGAUUACAAGAUUGGUGUUAACAACAGUGGAACUUACAAAGUAGUCUUUAAUUCCGAUGAGGGGAGAUUUGGAGGCUUUCAUCGUAUUGAUAGUUCUGUUGAGGGUCAUGCAGUUAAAGAGAAUUAUAAUGGAAGGAGUCACACUCUAAUGAUUUAUAUCCCAAGCCGUACCUGUUUGUGCAUGGCCAAUAUGUGAACUUCCCAGAUGUCACUGUUUUGUUUUUGAAUUACUUAGUUUACAAUUGUUUUUUUGUACUGAAAUUAAUGUUCCUCAAUAACAUGAGAUUGUUGAAAAUGUUUUUGAAUCUGACUUAGCCAGAUACUAGAUUUAAGUUUAUAUUAGUUAUUACUUCCUUCAGAUAUUUAUUUAUGUAUAUUAAUUGAAAAGUGGGUGAAUAAAAAUAUAUUUUUUCAUUGAAAUUGGUAGUCUUCCAA